GAUUACUCUAGUGCACGCGUCUGGCCCUUUUCACGAGACACAUUGCUUCAUGAAAUUAUAGAUUUAAGAAAUUGUUGCCAUAUAGAAGAAUUGCACGUUCCUUUGACCAAAUUCGCUACUCAAGUUCCAAGAACCGAGUUCCCACUACACCAGCACGACCACCAUGUCUACAUUCGGCACACACUUCAGGGUCACCACCUAUGGCGAAUCCCACUGUCUCUCCGUUGGCGCCAUCAUCGACGGCUGCCCGCCAGGCAUGGCUCUCACCGAGAGUGACAUCCAACCCCAGAUGACGCGCCGUCGACCUGGCCAGUCAGCCAUCACAACACCCCGCAAUGAGAAGGAUCGCGUCGAAAUCCAGUCCGGUACAGAGUUUGGAAUCACACUGGGCACGCCGAUUGGCAUCAGGGUCAUGAACGAGAACCAGCGCAAGCAGGACUAUGGCAACCAGACUAUGGACAAGUACCCAAGGCCCAGCCAUGCCGACUGGACAUACCUGGAGAAGUACGGUGUGAAGGCGAGCUCAGGCGGUGGCCGGAGUAGUGCUCGUGAGACCAUUGGAAGGGUGGCUGCUGGCGCAAUCGCUGAGAAGUACCUCCGCGAAGCCUACGGCAUCGAAAUCGUCGCAUUCACAAACUCGAUCGGAAACGAGUUCCUCUUCCCUCCCACAGCCGAACACCCUACGGCCUCGACCAACCCAGAAUACCUCAAGUUGAUCGACUCCAUCACACGCGAAAAGGUAGACGAGUUUCUGCCAGUGCGGUGUCCUAGCGACGACGUUACCAAGCGCAUGGAGGAUUUGAUUGCAAAAUACCGGGACGCGCACGACAGCAUAGGCGGCACAGUGACAUGCGUCAUCCGGAACUGCCCGACAGGGUUGGGAGAGCCAUGCUUUGACAAGCUGGAGGCGAAGCUGGGACAUGCCAUGUUGUCCAUUCCGGCAACAAAAGGCUUCGAGAUUGGCUCUGGCUUUGGCGGCGCGCAACUGCCUGGCUCCAUCCACAACGAUGCCUUCAUCAAGGCGCCUGCUGUCCCCGCAGGCGAAAACCCGUCUGCGCAUGUCUACCGCUCCAAGCCCAAGCUCACGACCAAGACGAACAACUCUGGCGGAAUCCAGGGUGGUAUCACAAACGGCGCGCCCAUUUACUUCAACGUAGCAUUCAAGCCCGCUGCAACGAUUGGACAAGCUCAGUCAACUGUGACGUACGAUCAGGAAGAUGGCGUGCUCGAGGCCAAGGGUAGGCACGAUCCCUGUGUGGUCCCACGUGCGGUGCCCAUUGUCGAGACCAUGGCUGCUUUGGUAAUCAUGGAUGCAGUUCUGGCGCAGCAGGCGAGGCAAGGAGCGAGGAGUCUGUUGCCACCGUUGAAGGGCGUGGUGCCUGUUAAUGGCACCCAAGAGUAGGGGGAACUCGCCACGGUUGAAAACGAAAAGGAGUUUAGGUGUUGGGGUUACGAGGCUCUAACGCCACCACGCUCGAGACGAAUAGAAGUUAUUAGACUUGUAUC